GCCCAUCUCCUUCUCUUCCUCUCUCUCUCUCUCUCUAGCUUUCAGGAGGAGGGGGGCCGUAGACGAGCUAGAGAGAGAGAGAGAAUGCGGACCACCAAGCACCACCGCCGGAGCUCCGGCCCCGACCCGGACCCCUCCGCCGAAUGCUCCAGAUCCGAGUCCCCCGACCCCUCCUGGAUCGCCGAGUCCAUCCACGGCGGCUCCCUCCGCCGCGUCGACCUCCACGCCGGCGCCAACGGCUGGGCCUCCCCGCCCGGCGACCUCUUCUCCCUCCGCUCCAAGACGUACCUCCGCAACCGCCACAAGUCCCCCCCCGGCCACUACCUCCUCUCCCCUGCCGGCAUGGACUGGCUCCGAUCCCCCGCCAGGCUGGACAACGUCCUCGCCCGCCCCGACAACCGCGUCGCGCAGGCCCUCCGCAGGGCCCAGGCGCGCGGCCGCUCCCUCAAGUCCUUCAUCUUCGCCGUCAACCUGCAGGUCCCCGGGAAGGACCAGCACAGCGCCGUGUUCUACUUCGCCGCCGAGGAACCCAUCCCCCCCGGCUCGCUCCUCUACCGGUUCGUCAACGAGGACGACGGCUUCCGCAACGGCCGGUUCAAGAUCGUGAACCGGAUCGUCAAGGGGCCCUGGAUCGUGAAGAAGGCGGUCGGCAACUACAGCGCGUGCCUGCUGGGCAAGGCGUUGACGUGUAACUACUACCGUGGAGAGAACUACUUCGAGAUCGACGUCGACAUCGCGAGCUCCAAGAUCGCGAGCGCCAUCCUGCACCUCGCAUUGGGGUACGUGACGAGCGUGACCAUCGACAUGGGCUUCGUGGUGGAGGCCCAGGCGGAGGACGAGCUGCCGGAGAAGCUGAUCGGCGCCGUCAGGGUGUGCCAGAUGGAAAUGUCGUCGGCGCACGUGGUGGACACGCCCCACCCGCCGCCGCAGCAGCAGCCGCCGCAGCCGCACCUGCGCGGGCACGGGUUCGCUAGGGUGAACCACCAUACUCCCGGGGACGACGAGGACGAUGACGAUGACCAUUGAUUGAUUCGGAAGGCACGGAGAAGACUGCAGAGGUGAAACCCUUUUUUCGUUCUAAUGACUCUCCUCGAUUCACUUUGCGUUCAAAGUAAAUCGUCCUCUGCAGCUGAUUUGAUGCUAAAACAAGAAAAUAACAGGGAAUGAUGUGAAAUUAAUUGGAUUGACCCUUUUGAUGGGGGGCACUGAUAUCUGUAGAUAGUUCAUCUCAUUCUUAUUGCGAAAAAUAACAAUGCCCAGUUCUGCUUCUGGAAAAGCUCACUUGUUCCUGGCAUCUUUGUUUUAGAUGAUGUAACACCUUUUGUUUGGUUAA